UGUUUACCCCCGCAAGCAACGCUGUUGCAGAAGUGCGAAAGUUGGUACUUGCUAGUAGGUGUAUUGUCAUUCAGUGCAGCAUUUUCGACUCAAUCAAUCAUUAUGCUUAAAACGCUGGCUUGUGGAGCUGUGACAUUUGCUGGACUUUACAUCGGCUUCAAGAAAGUACUCAAGUUGACUUUCACGCGAUGGAGUGACGCAGAUGUGUUGAUAGUGAGUGAAAGGCUCAUUGAUGCAAUUCACGCAUCCCUGGCAACGACAGCCGGAGUCAUCACAGUGACGUCUUGCAAGGAUGUGAUGAGAGACAGUCAUUGGGUGCUCACCAGCUUUAUGGUGUUUGGAUACCCCUAUUCGGCCAUCGACCUUUAUGCCUCGUAUAUGAGCCACUUCCAUUCGCACCGACUCAGAGGAAACAGCAUGUACAACAGCCACUCUCUGAUGACACUCAAGGGGUUCAUCUCCAGCUACUGGUUGACUGUCCUUCAUCACCUGGCAGUGCUUGGUAUUCUCUUACCCAUUGGCGUGUUCUACCGGCGAGGAUUGGGAGAUUUUUUCAUCGGAUGCUUAUUCAUAACAGAACUCAGCGUCGCUUUUGUCGCCAUAUCAAAGAUUAUCGUCCAGGUGGGCCUUGCAAACACCAGGCUGCACAAAAUCAACAGCAUCUUACUUUUGGUGUCCUUCAUCAUUUGUCGGAUCUUGAUCUUCCCCUACAUGUACUGGAAGUACGGGCGCGAUUUUGACAUUCCACUGCACAAAGUUCCGUCCCAUCUGCCUUGGCACUGUAAUGUCGGCAACUUGGCAAUCCUUAUGCCUCAGGUCUACUGGUUUUACCUCCAGCUGAAGAAAGCCCAGCGAGUGUUCAGACAUAAGAAAUUAAACUAAAGAUUAUAGCUGGUUUUGAGUCUAAUUUACCCCUUUUGAUUAACAUCGGCAACUGCUCUUACUAUAAUCAGUUUGCUCUAAAAAUAAUCAUGUGUCAAAUUGAAUUCUGUCUUCUAUUAUUAUGUAUGAUUGUCCAAAGGUGUGAAUCAGGUUUUUUUUUUUUUUUUUGCCCUGUCAUUUAAUGUUAACAAUCAUCAGGUUAUUUUAGCCCAAUGGUUCACAAAAAUGUGGUAAGUGCACGUUUAUGCAGUCUCACUCUAGUGGUAAACGAAAGAUUUACUGAAAUGUUUAAAGUUUUAAGAUUUUGUUUCGGCGUUUAUUAAUUAAUGGUGGCCUUAUUGUUGUUUUAUUCCUAAACAAAAGUAGUUAUCCGCAACAUGGAAGCAUUUGCAUGGUUGAGCACCAACGUGCUAUUCCACAAAGGCAGUGGCACAUAGAUUUUGGAGUUCGUCAAUAGCGGGCAUCCGCGCUUUUCGGGCGUGAUUAUCAUGUCUCUGGGCUGGUGAUACUUUUAGGGAGCCAAGCGGUUGUAGUUAGUUUGAACUUGAUAAUGAACAUUUUGGCCUACUCGCUAAUGUCAUUUAAUUUUGGCCCUGAUGUUGAUACUUGAGUAGUUUUUGACGUGGUAUUUGCUGUAAAAUGUUUGUGAACCACUGCUUUACAUCAAGCAAGAAUUGUGAUUUUUGUUUUGUUUGUUUGUUUGUUUGUUUUUUGGAUGAGUUAAAAAAUAUGUAAUACGUUUGGUGUGGUGGUUGUGAUUUCCAAGCAAACAAAUCCAGUAGAAGAACAAAACAUACCCUCAAAUAUUCUUAAAUCAUGUGUAGGAUUCCAGAGAUGGGGAAAAAUGUGUAACCUACUUCAUUUUACUGAAAGUAUUAAGAUUAUAUCCAAUUGUGAUGAACUUGAAUGCAUGAUGGCUUGAAAAUUUGAUUGUGUGGUUUCACUACAUACACUAUGGUCAGUGAUACACUAUUGUAAAUAAAUUAGGGAGAAGUUUUUGCACCAUUUGUGACUUUACAAGUUCACCCACUUAGAAAAUGGGUAGAGGUCUGAAAUUUCAAUCAUAGAUGCAUUUCCACUUAGAGACAUAAUCUUAAAAAAAAAAAUCAAAAACAUUGUAUGAUUUUUCAAUAAUCUAUUCGUAAUUUACUGGGGUUCAUAAGUAUUUGCACCCCUGAGAAAAUAAGUGCUAAUAUUUAGUGCAGAAGCCUUUGUUUGCAAUUAGAGGUCAGACGCUUUCUGUAGUUCUUCACCAGGUUUUCACACCUGUAAAUGGGUAUUUUGGCCCAUUCCUCUACACCGAUCUUCUCUUGAUCUGUCAGAUUUCGGGGCUGUCGUUGAAAAACACGAAGUUUCAGCUCCAUCACAAGAUUUUCUAUCGGAUUGUCUGGAGAAAGGGCAGAACCUUGAUACGCUUUUUACUUAGCCACUCCUUGGUCAGCUUGGCUGUGUGCUUCAGAUCAUUGUUAUGCUGGAAGAUCCAGCCACGACUCAUCUUCAAGUCUGUGACUGAGGGAAGGAGGUUGUGGCUCAAUAUCUGACAAUACAGUUCACCAUUAAUCUUGUGCUUUAUACAGUACAAUUGUCCUGUCCCCUUUGCUGAAAAGCAGCCCCAUAGCAUGAAGUUUCCAACCCCAUACUUCACAGUGGGGAUGGUGUUGGUGGCAUUGUACUCAUCCUUCUUUUUCCUCCACUCAUGACGAGUAAAGUCUGCACAAAAAAAGUUCUCUUUUGGCCUCAUCUGACCAUGACUUUCUCCCAUGACCCCUUUGCGUCAUUCACAUCAGUGUUGUUUUCGUCAAUGACCAAUUUUUUCAUGACAACGUUUAACGGGGGGAAAAAAAGUUUCGGCAGACUAAAACAUAAUGACACAAAUGUCAGUUUUCAUCUGUUGAGAUGAGAACGAGAUGAAAAUGCGCCAUAGUUUCGGUCACGUGUGACGUGUAUUUAGCCUGCAUCGUAGAGUUUCUGGUUGUGUCACUCAUGUGAUGUGCUGCGACCACCCAACUCACCCACUUGUGUCCUUUCCAGUCUCCCCAUUGCUUGUUUUGAGACACGGUUUGAUGUAACUUAUCUUGGCCAGACAGAAUAUGCUAUGUUGCUUUAGCCUUUAAAGGUCUGUGCCGAGUGAUCAUCACAUACUCAAUGUAACUCGUAGUGUUAGCAUAGCAUUCACAUUCAUGUUAAAAAUUAGGCUAUUGCUAACAGCGUUCUUAAACUAUCAGACAACUUUUUUUACAUACAGUUCGUGACGCCCAGGUGGGUGUAUUUAAUUAAAAAUAAUGUAUUUUCCUGCUGAAUGCGAUAGAUUUGUAGAUGCUUGUAGGUGCUACAAUAUGUGCUCGUCUGUCAAUGUUCAAAAUAAGUAAAACCUAUUUGUAAUUUAUUUUUGGAGUGAAACUUUCUAAUUUUACAGACGAAAAUAUUGCGUAAACGUGGACUAAAACUAGACAAAAUCGGUCCUGAGUUUUCGUCAACAAAAACUAGACGACACAUUUUGAAAUGACUAAAAUAGGACUAAUAAGUAAUUUUGUGCAAAAGACUAAGACAAAAAUUAAAAGGGCUGCCAAAAACGACUGAUUCAGAUAGUCCUUGGCAAACUUCAGUUGGACCGUAACAUGUACUGGCUUCAAAAGGGGAUCCUUCUGAGCAAUGCAUGAUUUUAAACCAUUGCACCAUGGUGUUCUAUUGACCAGCUCCUGCCGUGUAGUUCUAGGCUGAGCCUUCACUUUUCUCUUCAUGAGCGAUGCCCCACGAGGAGAGAUUUUACAUACUGACAACUCUUAGAGUGUCAUAAUUAUUGCUGGUUCUCAGCAGGGGCGGACUGGUAAUCUGUAGCUUCUGGAAGAUCACAGAACGGCCGGUGCUCUGGACGGCCAGCGGCCGCCAUACAUUCAUCAGUUUUUAUCCAGUGAACACCAGUAAAUUACAAAUUUUAAAAAUCAUACAAUGCGAUCUCUGGAUUUAUUAGAUUCAGUGUGUCCAUGAGUGGAAAUGCAUCUAUGACUGAAAUCUCAGACCUCUACGUAUUUUCUGGGUAAACUUGCAAUAUCACAAGGGGUGCAAAUACUUCUGCUCCUCACUGUAUGUUACCUUUUUUUCUAUUGUGAUUUUCAUUACUAACCUGCUUCCGAGGUCAUUAGCUUCAAGGUAUUUGACCUUUGACACCUCUUAUUUUCCUAAUAACGCAUUUUUUCCAUUUAUUACUGUAAUUAAUAGCACACAUUGAAUAUCACCUCAUAAACUAGACACAAUCUGUAUGAAAUGCAUGUCAAAGGAUGUUUUUAUCAGGCUGAGGAGUUUCCAUCUUUUUUCUCCCAUGGGUGUUUUAAACAUGCUCUCCAUGUGGCAGUCCAAACUCUGGGUCGCUGUACUAAAACACUGGGUGACAUCAUUGUAUUAGGGCAAGAGGAUCCACACACAUGUGCACCCUGUGUCUCCGUACAAUAAAAUGAAUGGGAAGUGCAAGUGAAAACUGACCGGCUGGCUUGACUGCAGUAUUAAAACCUACGCCUUUGAUGUCAAACGACAAAAUGUAUUACGUAAAGCUAUAGAAAACUAAUCCAUUACAUCUGAGCAUGAGAAUAACAGUGAGAGGAUGAGAUCAUCCAAGUUGAGCGAUCUUCUGUUGUAGAACAGACUUCAUUUCCUGGUUCUCCAGGUUCUCUGUGAUGGUGUAAAAGAAGUAUUUGGUGUUUUCAUUCUCCAGUGAGCUACUGCUUUUCGGGAAAGUGCCCAUAAUGGCCUGGUAGUGACUGAGGAUUUCCAGGCUGGACAGGAAGAGAGGUUCACUCUGUCCUCCUGGCAUCAUCACCUUAGUACAAAAUGAGAGGAAAUUAAUAGAUUAUAUACAGAAGUUAGUGCAAUAUCUAAAGGUAAAAACAGCCAAAAAUGUUGCAGUAAGAAUAGUGAACUUCCCUACGAUUGCACUGUGGCAUUUGUGAAUCUUAUUUUGAGGGUGUAUAUUCAAUCUUACAAAAACUUCAGCCCCAAACAAUGUUAAAUAUAAAAAAAAGUUCUAAUAACUAGGUCGUGCUGAGGAUUAGCUAGUCAGGGUGAAGCCCUACCCAAUAAGAAAAUGGGCUUUGCUACUAUCUUAUGGUGUUUAUGGCUAAAUACAUGACUUUUUGAAUGGUUUUGAAUUACAAAAUGAACACGAAAUGGUGGCCAGGUUACACCACCGUGCCUCAGAAAUCCUUUCAGUAUUAUGGUGUUUCAAGUUCUAACUUCUUAAAAUGAUGAAGUUUAGGUUUCCGCUGUAAUCAAAAAUAAAAUGUGACCAAUACAUAUUUCAGUGUAGUGUAUACCACAUUUUUCCCCUUUGUGUUUCAUUACUAAUCUAAAAUCAAUCUGAAAUCAGUUUUCCAGGAUAAAAUACACAAACU